AUGUCUCUGUCUGCCCGUCGCCCGGUAUCUGGUGUAAUCCACUCUCUCGUGGAAUUGGUCCGCAACGCUCUGAACCUGGAUCCCCUUGUCUUUGUGAACUCUGGACUCAUCGUGGUCGGCCUCAUUACUUCGCUCCGAUCCGCCGGGAAUGUAUUGUACACCUACGCUGAAAAGACAUGCUUGUCAACAGUACAUGUGAGGGCGGAAGAUCCUCUCUAUGAUGAUAUUGUUCGCUGGAUGAACGAUCAUGCUUUUCGGCGUCGCAACUUUCUGUCCGUCCUGGCACAAACUACCAACAAUUCCGACAACGACAAAGCUCUAAUACGAUCCCCACUGGCGCAACUGGAUUCCGAUAGGCUGAUCAGCUACCGCGAGGUAGAGGAUAACUCGUUCAUUGAGCUGAAGCCUUUCCAAGGAUCCCGUCUCUUUCGCUUUAAGCGAACAUGGAUGCUUUUCAGCCACACAGCGAGCAGUCCUGAAAGCAUGGGUCGUCCUCCCCAACUGGAUACCAAUCCUCCGUUGAAGUUACAGUGCCUCAGUCUUUCACUUUCUCCGAUCAAGAAGUUCCUUGACGAGGUCCGUGCCUACAGUCGUAAAGUCUCGGUGUCUAGCAUCACAGUCUUCCGAACUAGGCCCAAUUCCCCGGACCUCGUCCGUUGGAGCUCCGUCGCUUCGCGCCCAUCCAGAGACAUCUCCACCGUCAUCCUUCAUAAGCACAAGAAACAAACUAUCCUGCGGGACAUCAAUGAGUACCUUCAUCCGCAUACAAGGCAAUGGUAUGCCAACCACGGCAUUCCCUAUCGGCGUGGAUAUCUGUUUUCCGGGCCCCCGGGAACAGGUAAAACGAGCCUUGCUUCCGCGAUUGCAGGGGUCUUCGGUCUGGAUAUAUACGUCUUGAGCUUACUAGAUCCAUCUAUGACCGAAUCGCAAUUCAUCCGACUGUUCUCCGAGGUGCCCACACGGUGCGUGGUGCUAUUGGAGGAUGUUGAUGCCGCAGGGCUGAACAGAGGCGACCAGGAGCCUGGCCAAGAUUCUACCCUAUCAAGAUCAGCGAACACAACGCCAGCAAACACAUCUGUAUCUCUAUCUGGCUUGCUCAACGCAAUUGACGGCGUCUCAUCCCACGAGGGCCGCAUCUUGAUUAUGACAACCAAUGUGCCGCAGCAGUUGGAUCGCGCGCUGAUUCGACCCGGCCGUGUGGACAUACAUAUUCGAUUUGAGCUUCCGUCUCAAGAGGAGCUUCGGGAUCUCUUCUUGAGCAUAUACAGCGAUGUGUAUCAGAACGCCGAAUUCUCUCCGGGGGAACGAAAGCGGGAGCUGGGAAGGUUGAAUGACCUGGCAAUGCACUUUGCAGGGUGCCUGCCGGAGAAGCGAUUUAGUCUUGCGGAAGUACAAGGUUUUCUUCUGCGGUAUAAACGGCAGCCGGAGGAGGCGUGUGACAAUGUUAGAGGCUGGGUUGAGGAGAUGGAAUAUGGAGAAGUGGCGUUGUAA